UCUGCUCGUGCUCAGAGCCUCACUCCCCGAGCAAGAGCAAGCAUGCCUCCGAGAAAGUUGAUCUUUCUGCUGGCGCUUGCCAUCCUGGUUGCGUCUGGCGCUGCUGGAGGAGGAGCGGGAGCCAAGGGCCGCGGCGCCGGCCAUGCAGGAGGUGGAGGAGCCAAGGGCCGCGGCGGCGGCCGUGCAGGAGGUGGAGGAGCCAAGGGCCGCGGCGGCGGCCAUGCAGGAGGAGGUGGAGCACAAGGCAUCCUCGCCGAGCCCCACCGCACUCCGGACGUGGUCGUAGCGUUGCCGCCGGGGCUCCCCGGCGCCGUUACCUCCAUUGCCGACGCACUCAAGCUCUUGGAGAACAAGAUGCGAAGGGCAGACGGUUACUUCGUCAUAUACAUCAAAGCAGGCGAGUACAAGGAAUAUCUCAACAUCACCACUGAGAAUGUGGUUUUCUUCGGGGACGGCAUGGAUUCCACCAUCAUAACCGGAAGCAGGUCCAAGAAAAAGGGAUUCAACACAGAGCUGUCCGCCACAGUAGCGGUGCUAGCUGACGGCUUCAUGGCUCGCGAUUUGAGUAUACAAAACACGGCUGGUGACCCAGUCGACGAGCAGGCCGUCGCGCUGCUCGUGAGUUCGGGCAACUCCGUCUUCUUCAGGUGUGAUAUCCGAGGAUAUCAAGACACCUUGUUCGCCAAGGAGCCACGAGUCUGCGUGAAGGAACCUCUUGGGAGUGUAGUACUUCGCCUCGGCAGUGUUGAUCUCAGUGAAAUUGUGCCAAUAGACUGGCUUCUUGCUCCCAACACUGGAUUCAUAUUCCAGAGCUGUAGCGUGGACAUUUCUCCUCUACCAGGGGAGAGCCUCACCGGCAUGAGCGCGACUUACUUGGGAAGACCGUGGCAAAGUCAUGCGCGAGUUGUUUUCAUGUUCGGUUCAAUCUCCAGCGUCGUCCAUCUAGAUGGUUGGACGCCAUGGAAUGGCACCAGCCUGGCCGGUGGUAAAGCCCCACUACACGAACACGAGAAACAUAUGUAUUUUGCGUCAUACAAAAACCACGUACUUGGGAGCAAGAAGCCAGUCUAUUGGCACAAUUUCACUGAGAUCAACACUGCCGAGGAGAAGCACUACACUCCCAAGAGGUUCCUUCACGCAGACUCGUGGCUCCGUGCCACGGGGCUGGCCUGCUACCUUGGGCUCGAAGCUCGUACGAAGGGGACGGUAGCUACUUAG